AUGUCUUCUGAUUCUAUCGACUCGAAAUAUAUGAUAGAAAUGAAGUCGCUGGAAUCUUUAACUGUUACAAGACCUUAUGAUUUUGCAAGCAAUAAUCGUUCCACGCAUUUGCCUUCCGACGAGGAAGGAUCGUUUGAGCACUCGACGGAAAAACAAACCAAACUUUCAAAGUACUGGAAAAAAUGUAGCUACGAGAUUCGAGAGUACUGCAAAUUCAUAGGACCCGGAUUUUUAAUUGCCGUUGCAUAUAUAGAUCCCGGUAAUUAUUCUACGGAUUUGGAGGCUGGUGCACGGUUUCAAUAUAAGCUUCUAUUUAUCGUUUUCAUAGCAAAUCUAAUUGCUGUUUACCUACAGUCCCUAUGCUGCCGCUUGGGCUCUGUAACCGGAUUCGAUUUAGCAAGAAAUUGUCGAGAACAGUACCAUAAAUACGUUUGCAUAGCCUUUUACAUCUUGGCCGAAAUUGCCAUUGUCGCUACGGACAUUGCAGAGGUCAUUGGUACCGCGGUUGCUUUGAAAAUUUUAAUGAAAAUUCCUCUUGUUGCCGGUGUUGUUAUUACUAUCUUGGAUGUAUUACUUGUGCUAAUCGCUUGGCGUCCUGAAGGUUCCAUGCUAGGUGUUCGUAUAUUCGAAGCCGCCGUUGCCAUGCUGGUACUCGUCGUGGCUAUUUCAUUUGCUGUCGUUCUUGGCCGUGUUCAUAUCGGUGGAGCCGGUCAAGUUUUUAAGGGCUUUCUUCCAAGUUCUACAGUUUUCUCGCGUGAAGGGUUGUACAGUAGUAUUGGAAUUCUCGGAGCUACUGUUAUGCCUCAUUCUUUGUUUCUAGGAUCCGGUCUUGUGCAAACCCGUUUAAGGGAUUUCGAUGUUCGAUCAGGAAAUUAUGUUGCCACGGGAGAUUGCUCCGACUAUAGGCCUUCUAUCCAAACCAUAAGGCAUUCUUUGACUUACUCAGUAGUUGAAGUCGUACUUUCACUCUUUACAUUUGCCUUGUUUACCAAUUCCAGUAUUUUAAUUGUUGCAGGAGCUGUCUUUUAUAACACUAGCAACGCUGACACCUCAGACCUUUUUUCCAUUUUCGAUUUGCUUACCAAAUAUGUGUCUCUUUCUUGUGGUAAGCUCUUUGCGGUAGCCCUUUUAUUUUCUGGUAUGAGUGCCGGUUAUGUUUGUACUAUUGCGGGCCAAAUGGUUAGUGAAGGCUACAUCAACUGGAAUUUACGUCCUUGGAUCCGAAGAACCCUUACCAGAUCUAUAGCCAUCAUCCCUUGUCUAGUCGUUGCGGCUGCUGUAGGUCAAAGCGGACUAAACAAAGUUUUAAACGCUAGUCAAGUUUGCCUUUCCAUCUUGUUGCCUAUUUUAACGUUCCCUCUUGUAAUGUUUACGUGCUCUCGAAAGGUAAUGUCAAUUUACUCAGAGAAAGUUGAUGAAGAAACUGGUGAAAUCAUAAGAGAUGUUCAUGAUUUAAGCUUGGGUUGGCCCAUGACUAUAUUUACUUGGCUAAUUUGGAUGUUUCUUACUGCGUUGAAUUUACUUCUUAUUAUUUGGUUAGGAAUGGGAAUUUCCUACUGA